AUUUCAAAUCUUCAUCUCGCGAAAGUGAAGAAAGAAGAAACAUGUUCAAGAAAUGCCACAUACAUGUACAUACAUACACACCUAAAUAUAAAGAUUUGAAUUCGUAUUCACUUAUUGUUAAAUAGCGUUUAGCAUAGAUUACGCCUCGUCUUAUAGUUUAUAUCCAAUAAAAUAUUAAUGGUAAAGAUUUCGAUUUCAUUUCAAUAGGUGUGCCGUGCGUCAAUCGUGAGAGUGAAGUUUGUCGGUAUGUGCGUUAUAUUGCGACACCGCGUAACGUGUGGACCGACACGGUUUUGCCUCGCGGGUAUUUUUUUUUUUUUUUUUUCUUUUUCGAGGUGGCGAUUAGGUUGCGUCGAAUCGCUUGCUGCUGCAGCGUAGCGAACGACGGCUACGGCCGUGCCAUCGGUUGCGACGGCGUAGGGGGAAAUUUACUUUCUCUUAUUGAAACCACGUAGAGGUUGUAGACGAAGAGUUUCGACUCUCAGCUUUGCACCGGUUCUAUACCACUCGGUAUUCCGUAUCUCUUCGUGGAAGUGUAUUUCUUGUUUUACUUUAGUGAAGAAAAAAUAAAUUCUAAUUAAAAAACCUCUUCCAUUGCGAAAACCAAAGAGCGUUCGAUCGAUUUUUUAAACCCACGCGCUCCUAGUCGCCCGCCGAAACGCCCACGAUUUUUUACGUUCCGCAAAUUGACAAUUAAAAAUUUAUAACGAAGCCGUCGAGGCGAUCGGGAGAGAAUUUCGUUAGCCGAAUCGUCGAUACCUUUGGAUUAUUCAUUGAAAAAUGGAGUUACUCAGGAUUAUAUUGACGCUGGGAAUUUGUCUCGUUAUAAUUAUGGGAACGGUAUCGGGUGCGCCGAGUCCUCAGGAGCCGGCGUUUGAAGUUCCGGUACAACUCAUCGGAUUUCCGUUCAUAAUAGCUGCGGUCAGAGUGACGAAUUUUGUGAAAAAAUUAGCCUACUCGAUAAAUCCAGAGACUUACGUCAGUCGUUCCCGACGCUCGACGUCUUUCGUUGGCGAUCCAGCGCACGAGCAACUCCCCCUGGAUGUUAUCGAAGUGGAAAAGCGUCUGGUCAAAGAAUUUGGCAAAAAUGUUUGCAUCUACGAGAAAGUUUGCUCGAAACACGCGACUAAGGCUCUCCAAAGACAGAGCGGCGAGAGGGUUUUGGAUUGGGACGACGUUUUCAGCCAGUACAGAUCGUCGACGGAUCGUAUGAAGGAAAAUUAUCUGCUCAGCGUUUUCAUUGGCGAUAUUAUAGCCAGUCCUAAAUUAUGUCAUCAAUUGUCCAAACGAGGAAAAACUUGCGCAGAAACUUUGACAGCGUAAUAAAUUACUUGCGACCGAAUAGGAAAAAGAAAAGAAAGACAAAAAUAAUAAAAUCAAAGAAGAAGAUGUAGAAAAGGAGUAACGUACGCCAAAUAAAUAUUAAUUAACCUAUGUACAGCAAUGUGAAAAAGAAAUUUUGUACAGAGUACAGAAUUGUGUAUAUACAUAUAUGUGUAUAAUGUAUGA